CACAGACUGAGGAAGUCAUUUAUACGCGUCCAAAGAAGUUACAUGAAGUAAUAGUAGUAAAAAAAAAAAACUUCAUUUUUAUUUAUUAUUUAAAUGACAAAUUUUUGGAAACGAAUUUUUAUUAAUUUAAAAAAAUACAUAUUUUAAAAUCAUUAAGGGUGAGUGGUUCGUGAAGGACAGUGUCCAUGUGAGAAGAGAAAACGGAUGUUGUUUUUUUGUUUUCUUUUAUCUUAUUAUAUAUCUUUUAUAUUUAAAAAAAAUAUAUUUAUUACAGUAUUUUAAAAAAAAUAAAUAUUUGGAUUUCUUCGUGAGUGUGUAACAUUAAGGAUAAGUGCUAGGGUUAUUUACCAUUGAGAGAAAACAAAUAAAUCCAAUAAAAGAAGAGAGAAGAGCUAGUGGUAUGGGUCGUGACAUGCGGCCACCAGGUCGCAGACCUGAUGGACUCUUCAAGUUUAUAUUUAUUGCUGCCUUUUUACUUAUUGGUCCUACAUCUUUAGUUAGGACACAAGACGAUGCAGUUUCACAAAGAGACAUUUCCGGUUUGGAUAGAGAUGGAAGAAAUGAUGAUGCUAUUGAUGAACAAAAAUAUUCAAUUGAUGAACAAAGUUACUACGAUGAUUAUUACGAUGAACCUGAUGAUUAUGUUCAAACUAAACGAAGAAAAGUGAUACGAGUACGAGUACCAUCUCAUUUAUCUCACAAUAGAAAAGCUGAAAGAGCACACAAAUAUACUGUAGUAAGAAAACGACCACUUGUGCCUUACACAAAAUCUUCAAUACCUGAAAAAAUAAUUCCACCAUCACCGCGACGAAUUGUUGUAACACGUGUUAGAAGUCUUGGUGCUCGAUCGAGACAAUUUGAUUAUGAAGAUUCAAUUUAUCCUGACAGUACAUUACCAAAACGUCAUAAAGUUACGGUUACUCGUACGAGAAAAUUGAGACCAACUGCAAAUAUUGGGUUAACUCAGGCACCAAAAACACGAGUAACUAGAAAAAAACUUGUUACAGUACGACCUGUUGCUUCAUCAACUCCGACAUUUGCUAUUAUUACGACAGGUUUUUAUGGAAUUCCUGAUAAUGAUGAUGAAGAAGGUGAUGAGGGUGACGAUGUUAAUAAUGAUGAUGAAGGCGAUACUGAAGACAAUGUAGAAGAAGAUGGUAAUGUGAAAAAUACUCAAAGUGAAAUAGAUGAGUCAGCUGAAUUACUACCGAGUCUUGUAGGUGCAGCUAAUGACAUUGAAAAACCAGAUGUUGAGAAUGCUAAAAAUGAGGAACUUUCAAAUAAGUUUGAGAUAGAAAUUCCUGCAGAACCUAGUACAAUAAGUGAUAUUACACCAGUAAUUAUUACCGACAAUUUCUUUUUUCCUGCAUCGUCCGAUAAUGAUGAAGAAGAGAAUGGAGAUGUAGAUGAGGAUGAAAAUAAUUCUACGACCGAAGAAAUUGUUCAAGACAUAGUCGAUUCGCAAAGGCACGCAUACGAAGAAUCUGAGAAUGAAAAAGUCGAUCAUGUUCAGAAUAAUGAGAGUGAAGAAUUAAUGACGACAGAAAAAAUUCCAAUAACUGAAAAAAUAGAAACAACAGAGUCUUCUUCAACAACAAUUGAAAAUGUUAACUUAAAGGAUUCAAAAUCUACUACUCAAUCAAGUACGACAGAAGUACUUUUAGAACCAUCUUCAUCAUCAUCUCCCGAAUCUGAACAAAUUUAUGAUACAACAGAAAAUAUUAAUGAAAAUUCAGAAGAAGAACUAAGUGUUGUACCACUAAAACCUUACACAGAAACUUUUUCUUCUUUAUUGUCGUCAAGUCUUGAAUCUGAUCAGCUUUUAAUGAGUUAUAUACCAAGUGUGAUUCCAUUGGAAUCAUCUAUAAGCCAUUCUGAGGAUCAUCAGUCUCUUUUUGAACCAACUGAAACUCUACAAACUGAAUCUUCAAGCUCAAGUUCAAGCUCAACAAUGACAACAAAAACAACAACAACGACAACUUUUGUGACUUCGCCAACGCCUGAAGAAAUUGAAGCUGGUCUUUCUGACGAACUCUACUUAUCCUUAUCAAGACCAGAUUUCCCACAAAUGUUUCCAUCUCAAUCUCCUAUAAAUGAGCAGGAGUCAGAGGUGAAUUAUGAAAAUCAUUCGCUUCCUGCGUCAGUAUCCUUGGAAUUCGAACCAAUUCCAACUGUUGUUUUCACCGAGACUAUUGUUACCUCAACUCGAUUAAGAACUUAUACUUAUGUUGUCACUAAAUUAAAUGGACUAGAAACUCAGGUGACGUCUUCAACGACUGUUCGACCUCGCGUGACGACACUGACACUGACAGUACCUGUUACAAUCAUACCCUCCUCAAUCGAGAGUGUGGAAUCUAUACGUCUCAGCACCGUAACGACUGCCUCACGUCGAGAACCCGAUGGACAAGAAUCAAGGCGUGAAACAAGGAUGAUGGAUGAAGAUGCGGAGGGUGAAGGAAGAAGGCUCAACUUGGCGACACGAGUAAUGUCAAAUGGGGUAGAAGUUAUAGUUGCUGGUCCCACGCCAGCAUUGCGAUGGGAAAAUUCAAAUCCACAACCCACACUAACUCUCUCAGACGCAGUUGUUAUGCUUAUGCCUCAAGAAGAUCCUAACGAAUUUGUUACCAAGACUUGCACAACGACAUUUACUUAUUUAAAUACCAUUACUAAGGAUGGCACAACAAUCGUUUCGACCGACCAACAGGUCGUCGCAAAUACGGCAACAGAAGAACGCCAUAGAAAGCCAGGAUCAGAAUCAGCAGCAGUAACUCUUGCUGCUUCGCCCACUUUAAGAACAGAGGUAUUCAAGACAACCUACACAUAUCUUACAUUGAACACAGACCAUCCGGAUGCAGACAACGCUCUAGGAAGCAGUCAGAAAGUAAUAACAAAUACAGUGACGGCACCACAGCAUUACUUAGAUAUGAUUCUAGAGCCGUCUGAAGCAUCACCACCUCAAACAAAUACUUAUCUCAGUACACGUGUCCUUGAAAAGACAUUUAUUGAAGACGGAAUGACAAGAAUAGCAACUAUGAGUGACACCAUUACUCGUCUUAUUAUCACUGAAUCAGUACCACCUCCGCCUCGUCCAACUAGUGUCACCACAACACUUACAGCUCUUGAUAAUCCUGAGGAUACUCUUACGGACAUUAUGAAAACAUAUUACAUCACUUAUACUUACUAUAAUACUUAUCUUGAAAAAGGUAGCAGUACCGUUGUCCGAACAAACGUCGCUACUUCAACAGAUGUUGCUGUGGAAAAGGUGAAGAAGACUGGUGUUAUCGAUACACAGGUGACUGCAACGCCAAGUAUUGAACCUAUUAAGAUAUUUGCUACCAAGACUUACUUGACAACUUUCACAUAUUUCACCACACUACUUCAGGCUGGCCCUGAUGGCGAAACUUCUACGACCAUCUCCUCAAGAUCUCAUGUAGUAGAGAACGUUGUAACAGAAUCUAUAGCUCCAAGUUUACUUAAUGCUGGUUAUAUGAACCUUUUGACGACAGCUCAUCACUCAGAUUCAGUAAAAAAUGUUGUUACGGGUUCAACAAUUAUUUUUUUUGAUGAAGAAGACCAGAUUGAUUCAUCCAGCACUAGUACACAAGUUCAACCAACAGCUUCUCUAGAGUCAUCUGAAUCAGUUAUCGAAAACUCUGAAGUUCCAGUAUCCCAGUCUUCUGAAGCUGAAACAGAGCCUCAGAAAGAUGAACCAGAAAAACAACAGAGUGAGCAAAAUACAAGUGAUUUGGAUACCAGCGCGUCUUCAGCAAUAACUCACGACGAAUUAUUAACUCAAGACAACGAUGCGGCUGAAAAUAAUAAUGGAUCUCCAAGUCGACCGGUUGGAGGUGGUUUGUUGAGUCUUGGAUCUCUUGGGAUCAAUGGGUUGUCUGCUUUGGGACCAGUUAUUACUGCUAUGGCUGGACUUCUUCAAGGCAAGCCAUCAGCUAAUCGUCGAAAUGAUACUAUACCGCAGGCUUCAAAUCCUCCAGUUGUUAAUCAAGAGCCUCAAGAACUCACGACUCAGCGGUCACCAAUUUAUAUACCUGUUGCCGAGUUCGCAGAUGGUGAUAUUGAAACAGCGGAGAGUCAAAAUAUUGCUGCUCAAUUAGCUAAUCCAAAUCCAAACUUUUUACCGGAAACGAGGCAUAAAGUUGCAGCGAGUCUUGUUGAUGGUAUUCCAAUAUCUCCUGGAGAAGUUAUUACAGCAAACAGUGAUGUUAUUAUUGGUAAGCCUGGUAUACUGGCACCCCGACCACCUCAAACAUAUCUUCAAAAUGGAAAUGAAAAUCAAAACUUUGGAAUGAAACCUCCACCAAUAUCUGUACCUAAUAUUCCAGUUCAUCCUGUUUUGGAAGUGAUUAAAGAUGACAGACCCGAACCUAGUCGUCAUAAUCCUCAUGCUAUUUCUUUAAAUUCUAAACGUCCACCGAAAAUUCCUCAUCACUUAAAUAAAGAACCGAUGAGAAACGGAUUAAAACAUGAUAUUUUAGAGAACGAUCCACUUCUUAAACCCCCUGGAAGACCUAAUAUUGAUAAGUAUGCUAAUCCAAACAUCAAUACAAAAGAACCUGAGUGGAUUUCUAAUAUCUUCAAACGACCUUGGAGCUCAAAAGAUCCAUUAAUGCCUCCCCCAGCACCACCAACUCCUUCCAGAAUUGAUCAAGAAUUAAAUCCGUAUCCACCACAAGAGUCUCAACCGUGGACAAAUCGUCCUUUAGAGGUACACCAUAAUCACUCACCGUGGGCUCAAAAAGAUCCCAUUAUCACUGGUACCAACUUAGAAAGCUCUAAGUUAAAACCAGAACCCACACAAUUAAUAGCUUCUGAGCCAAUAAUCCAUCAAAUUCCUCACGUAAUAGAUCGAUCAACCGGUCAACCAUUGCUUGUAAAUAUUCAACCAAGUCAAGUGGCAAAUGUCGUUAUUCCUCAAGGUGGGACACAGGCUCUUAUUUUUGGUGAUACUAAUGAACCACAUAUUAGUGGACAAUAUUUUGAUGAUCCUUCACCUUAUCCAGAACCUGAGGAAUAUCCUGGCUACACUGGAUUUGAAAAACAUGAAAAUAAUCCAUCAAAUUUUAUGAUCCCACCUGCACCACCAUCGAAUAAUUAUAAAUCGCCUUCUCAAAAGCCUCAUUCACAUACUAUUCCUAAUUCUAACAAUCGAAUUUAUUCAAAAUUUCCUCGGCCACAUGACAAAAUUGAGAUACAUACAAAUGAUCGAUCUGAAAAAAGACCAUCAGAUGUUCAGCUGAUUCAAAGACCUGAAUCUCAUGGACAAUCAAAUCAAGGUCAAGUACACACAGAAAUUUUAGUACAUCAUUCACCUGAUUCAGUAAAUCUUAAUGCUAAUUUAAGACCUCAACCUAACCAACACCAACAAGGGUUUUCACCUCCACGAAGAGAUUACCAUGUGCCUCCAUUGAAUGAACUUCCACCUCGAAGAACUACAGACAUUUCUCCACCUAAUGAGGUUUCUCAUCAUCAUCAUCAUCAUCGAUAUGGCUAUCACCAUGAGAAGCCGAACAGAACAAUUACCAAUGAUGUUUUAAAACAAAAGUGGAAGAAUGAUAGAACAAAACCAAGAAUUACAGUUGUUCGACCAAGGCCGGCCGUAAGACCACCAAGACCUACUCAUUAUCCUAAUCCAGACAGAACUUCAGGAUUUGGAACAAAAUUAAAGUAUCCUUAUCGACCUCCAUCACAUGUUGCUCAGGCGCCUCACCCACCACAAAUUCCAGUCAGUUGGCAAGAAGAGCCUAAAAAUGAUCAAUCUUCUAAUGUUAACUAUCAACAACACAAAAAUCAAGAGCCUCAAGAAAAUCUUCCAACUGGAGCAACUGGUUACAGAAAUCCAUUGAUUGGAAAUGCUAAGCGACCUAUGCAACAGCAUCCUGUUCAGCCAACCAGCUAUCAGCCAUCACCUCCACAAAAUCAUCACGUUCAUCAGCUGCCUCCUGACAUAAGUCCUCCAGUUCUACAGAGCUUUGGACAAAUUCUUCCUCAUCCAGAUGAACCUGAAAUUCCUUGGUCUGAUACACAAACUGAAGCUGGUCCUGAUUCAACUGCUGAAGAAUCUGAAGAAAGUAUAAAUUAUCAUGAUGAAUUUGAUCAACAGCAACAACAACAACAACAACAACAACAACAACAACAACAACAACAACAACAACAACAACAACAACAACAACAACAACAACAACAACAACAACAACAACAACAACAACAACAACAACAACAACAACAACAACAACAACAACAACAACAGCUGCUCCAGCAUCAACAACAACACCAGCAUCAAUUGCAGCAGCAUCAACAGCAACAUGAACAGCAGUUGCAUCAACAACAACAACAACACCAGCAUCAACAGCAACAACAUCAACACCAGCAUCAAAAGCAACAGCAUCAACAACAACACCAACUGCAACAACAACUGCAAAAACAACAACAGCAGCAAGAACAGCAGCAGCAACAAGAGCAUCAAGAACAGCACCAAAAGCAGCAAGAACAACUAGAACACCAGCAGCAACAGCUAGAACAACAAGAACAGCACCAAAAGCAGCAAGAACAACUAGAACACCAGCAUCAACAAUUUGAGGAUCAAUUUACUGAAGAACACGAAUAUGAUGAACCAAUUGAACCGAUCCAAUUUGAAUUAGAAGUACAAGAUGCGAGCAAUCAAACAGAAAAACCGUUCAAUAACGUAGAAUCAUCAACUAAAAAAGUUGAAACUAUUGAAGAAAAUGCUUUCUACCAAACUAAAACGGAAACUCCACCAGAAAAUUAUAACAACAAUAAUUAUCCUUCUGUAAAUGUCAUAAAGCCGUAUGAAAUUUAUGAAGACAACACAGAAACGGAAAAUCGAGAAAAUGAAAGAAUUUCUGAUGACAAAUUAGGCUAUGAUGUGAUUCAAAGUGUCCCAUUUGGUGAUAAGGUUACAACAUCUAAUUCCAAGCCAUUUGAACAUGACGAUACAAUUGAUUUAAAACCACCUGCCAUUAUCUCUAAAUUUGUUCCUGAAAAACCAACAAAACUGAAACCAUUCCAGCAUCACCAAGUUGUAUCAACGCCACGUCCAGUUUUUGAACACGAAAAAGAAAUGUCUAUAACACGUGAUCCUAAACCUCCCAGUGGUCAUGCUCGACCUCCCAUAGACUGGGAAACUAUUCACAAGAUAAACAAUGAGAAUUAUUAUUCCAACAGAAGAAACUUGACAUUCACCCGAACAAAUCAUUCUCACGGUAAUUCAGACUCUAAAUACGUUAACACGGAAAAAAUUCGCAAUCCCGAAGUUACGUCACCAUCUAUAGGUACUAGAGUUCAUCCAGCAUAUCCACAUAUACUUACUAAGCCAAGACCUGUGCUACCGAUUCCAAUUACUAUUUCUUCUGGUUCAUCGUCCAAAACAAAACACUCGCAAAAGGAUAAAAAUAAUCACCAUAAUGAAGAAUCAACACUACAUUCUGAAAAAUCAAAUAUCCAUAUGCGACCUAUCAUCAUUCAUGCUAAAGAUAGAAAUCGAGAAACUCUUGAAACCGCUUACCAAACAAAUUUCGCAGUACACGAAGAAGAACAAAAUUUGCCAAACAAUAAAAGAACUCAGUUAAUAAAUAAAGCAAGUAAUUCUAAUGAAUUAAAAGUUCCUUCUCAAGAAAUGAUGCCUCCACCAACAACAAAAACAACAAGUCAAGACAAUAUAAACAAUGAUAAUGCUGAAGGUGACCUUAAACCACCUCCAAUCCCUGCAGACGUUGUCGGAAUGUCACCACCUCCAGUAGUUAUUACAACUACAACUGCGAGGCCUUCAUCAACGGCAAUAAAUGACUCUGGAUUAAGACCACCACCACCAAAAUACAUUCCUUUAGAUUCUUCUAAAGUUGUUGGAGAAACUCCACCACCACCAUCUUCACCAUCAGUACCAAGUGUUAAUAUGGUGCCACCAACAAUCCCAAGGCCAACUAAAUCUCGGCCUUUCUUGAUGGAAUUAUUAUCUCAAGAUAUGGUCCCACCACGUCCACCUGUUAUAGAAAGUUCUAGGCCAAUUGAAAUUGCUACUGUUAGACCUGCUAUUGCUGUAUCCGGGUCUAUACAAAUUGCAACAGCAGUUGCUACAAGUCAUAUACCAGUAAUGCAGGAUAUUGUCGAAUCUACAAUUCCAAUUAUUCAUGGCACUGUUGAUCUGCCUAUCGUGAUGGAUGUGUCCGAUAUUAUAAAGUCAGUAGAGACUAGAAAGCCUGAACAUGUUAGUGUUUAUACAGUUCGGCCGUUUGAAACAAAACAAAUUUCAAGAGUAUCUGUGCAACCUACGGCAAUACUUUCAACUAAUUUAAUAAUGCCAACACGUCUACGAUUACCACAAGUAGAAUCCAGUUCAUCAACACGAUCUCCAGUACACAUUACCAGACUUUCGUCUUAUGAUACUUCAAGAAAACCAUCAGUUGUUCUAGAAGCAAGCCGUCAAAGUAUUUUAUCUAGUCGAGUUAACUCUACACAAUCUUUGAGGCACAGACCAUACACUAUAAAACAGAGUAUCAAUCCAAGUGACGUUACCUUCACUUCAACAACCAAGAGAAAGUAUGGUAGCUCCUCUACUAAAUUCCGUAACUCAAUAACAAAAACUAUGAAAGAGCAUUCUGAUACUAGAGUAUAUAAAAAUGCUAGAAAUGUCACAACCACAACAAUGAUGACUACAAUGAAGAUGAAACCAAUAGCUGUUACUCACUUUAAGACUCUGACGGUUACACGAACGGAAACAUCAGUCUUAGGAUCACCACCAACAACAAGAACACUUUUAUUGACCCAUACCUUGACAUCAACUAUCGUAGAGACCGUAACGGAAACAUUACUACGACCUACCAGUGUAGUAAUAACAUCAGUUACAACAAUUCUUCAACCUGCAACUCACUUGCCCUCUUAUGAAACGUCACCAGAUAAUGUUGACUCAAUAUUUGUGGUAAUGAGUGAUCAAAAUCCACCAGCAGCUGACGCUGAAGAAGUUGAAGCAGAGUAUGGAGGUGAAGAAGAGAUUUCACGUGAUGAACAAGAUCCAGCAGGUAAUGAAAUACAUCGUGUAUUGUCUGGUAGCAUUCUUGGGGCUCCUGUUGUACCACAUCGUCCAAGUACCAAUCAAUGUCAGCCAGAAUGCCGGGCAGCAAAAUCUGAAAUGUGUGCUAUAGUUAGUGGUGAAGCUAGAUGUAUAUGUCGUCCAGGAUUUUCACGUAUGUUUUUGGAUCGUCCUUGCAAACCGACAUACACAUACACACUUCGUGUGGGUCUUGAGCGUAUCGGUAGAGAGUCUAUACAAUAUGAUCAGCCAAUUAAUGAUAGUUCAUCAACACCAUUCCGAAGACUUGCUGGACCAACACGAGAAGCUCUCGAUAGAACUCUGAUGCAAAGUGACUUGAGAGACAUAUACAGAGGACUUGAUAUCGCUGGAUUCUAUCCUCAUCCAGCUCAAGUAGAAUUCCAUCUUCAGUUGAGUGACAACACCAGCGAAACUCGGCUUAAAGAUAUACUAAAAAAAUAUUUAAUAAGCAGUAAUUAUAGUCUGGGUGGAACUGAAGUAUUUGCAUUAAGAAAUAUUGAUACUAUUGAUGCAAGGGACUUUGAUGAAUGCUCAACUGAAGAGGGUGGACCUCACCAUGACUGUUCACCUCAUGCAACAUGUUUCAAUUUACGUGGAUCAUACCAGUGUUCGUGCAAAGAAGGAUGGGCUGAUUUAUCUGAAAAUUCAGCUUAUCCUGGAAGAGUAUGUUCUCAAGCACCGCUGGGCUGUGCUGGUUGUAACAACAAAGGUCACUGUGUAACUAAUUCCCAUGGUCAAGAGAUUUGCGAAUGUUUCCCUUGGCACAGUGGCCAGCGUUGCCAAGUUAAUUUGAAAGUAUUGCUGAUAUUUGUCGUAACAAUUGGAGCUAUUUUACUCGGUCUACUGGGUGUCUUUUUAGCUUUAACGUGCUUACGUACUCCAAACAGAGCCAGAAAAUCAGGAGAUAGAAGAGCUAUGAUUAAUACAGGAACAGGAGGUGACACAAGCAGUGAAGGUAGUGUUGCAGACCUUGCAAUUCCACAUCAUGUUCCACAUGUUCUUCCACCACCACCAAGAUCUACUGCGCCUAUUCCACCAGGUUCGAAAAGACCGAGAAAAGCUACUAAGCAAUAUCGAGCACCAAAGAAACCAUCUUUUGCCGGAACUCAAGCUCCGAUAAAUGAAGCAGCAAACACAGAUCGCACACUGAGUGUAAUGAUUCCACGAGCUAAAUACCGAUCUGGACCACAAUCACCUCAGAAUUAUUCAAAGCCACCUAUGAGUACUUUUGCAGCCGAGGAACAUAAACUCAUCAAUUAUCUCGAAGGUGGUCCGCCAGUUGGAAAUCGUAAACCAAGUCUUGCUAGUACAGCUAAAGAAUACGUUAAAAGAGAGUAUAUUGAAGAGACUGGAAUUAGAGUAGUUAAAAAUCCAACUGCUCCCAAUAAUGGUGCGCUCGUUAGUGCUGGAUUUCAAGUAUCAGCAACGGUAUUAAAAACAACUGGUGAUGGUGAAUCAACACUGGAUGAUACCUUCGAACCAUCGACUUUAAAAACUCUGCGAAGUACGAUGGACUUUCAAGACGGAACAUCGACUCUAGGUGCUCCUUCAUGUGAUGCAACGACGAUUCAAGCAACAACAAAACUUCUUCCCUUAGAUUCGGCUGAAGAAAAUUCCAGCGUUGGACGAUCGUGCACUGGUGAUACUUCUAUCAAACAACAGUCACCAAGUCGAGGAUCUAAAGAUACUCGUGAUGCGCGUGAUAGUGCUAGUGAGGGUCCUAUCACUGCUGAAAGAGAUCUUGGUAGUACUCUUCGACUUCGACAUACUCCUUUAUAUAAUCCAGAUCGAGCAGCUAGCGAUCGUGAUUCCAACUUUGAUUCACUAUAGAGUUAAUUAUCGACUUGAAAAGUGAAAUUCGUUGUUGCCAAAUAAUAUUUAAAAAAAUUUUCAAUGUUAUUGUUAUUAUACAUUUAAAAUAUAUAUAUGCCCUCGUACGUACACAUAUCAAGUAUACAUUUAUAUAUUACCUGUGAAUGUUUGAGGUGCAGGCCAUAUUAUGAAGGUGAUUGUGCCAGUCACUGUUUCUGUCGUUUGUUCUUUGUAGAAAAAGUCUGAUAUAAGGCAAUAUAAUUCAUCGUCUUCACACUACGCAAACCUAUUUAUUUAAAUAUAUAUUAUUGUUUCAUAUUUGAAAUAUCAUUUAUAUUAAGAUAUAUUGUACGACCGAUAAAUAAAAGUAACUAUUCAAAAAAUUCAUUGAGAAUAGAAAGUAAAGAAACUAAUAAAUGAAAAGUCAAAUAAAAGACAAAUAUCUCGUGCCAAAAAAAUAUUAUAAAUUUUCAAUUAUAUUUGACUGUUAAAUUACAUUGUUAGAUUUUGAUAUUUAAUAUCAUAUAAUUAUAUAUACAUAUAUGUGGUCGAUUAUAUGUUUCAUAAAAUCGAAGAAAGAGAUUUAUAUUGAAUUUGUUAUUGUUAUUUUUGUUUUGUUUAAUUGAUUUACUAUGAGUAUCCAUGUUGCUCGGCUUCGUUACAUAAAUUUUCAAAACUAAUAUUUAAUUAUAUAUGCUGGGACUGUUAGAUAAUUGUUCAAAAUUUUAUAACAAUAAACGUAUUGUUUAUUUUAAAAACUUUUAAAUAAAUGAAGCCGUGCAACGUUGCAACUUAUGACUCAUAUUAAUCAUUAUUAUUACUAUUAUUAUUAAUUGUGGGUGAACGAACAGUAAUAGUUUAUAUAAAAAAGAUUUAAAAUGAUAAAAAUUAAAAAUUUUCUAUUACUUCGGGAACGAGUAAAAAUAAAGGGAUUUAAACUAAGAAUAUUUUAUAAAAUUAAUGUAUUAACAUGAAAUAACUACGUGUCAACGAAUCUUUAACACGUUUGUCUAUAUUUAAAAAAAAAGACUAUUUCUACUUUUAUAUCUAUUUGCAAAAAUAAAAUAAUAAAAUUCACACUAACAAAAUCAUGUUAAAAAAUUAAUUAAAGUAUAAAUAUAUGAUACUGUAAUAAUUACAGCAUAUAAAAGUGUAAUAUACGCAUUAUUUAAUUUGCGUAUAAUAUGUAUGCAUGAUUAUUUUUUUCUAUUGUACAUAACUGCCUUUCCAACUUUUAUUACUUCGUAAAUAUUGUAUUUUUGUGUAAUUAUUAGCUUAGCCAUGUACUUUUUAU